AUGUCAAAAGCUGAGUACUAUAACCCACCUCAAGGACCUCCACCAUCGCAUAGUCCAGGAGGGGCUGGCGGUAGCUAUGUCCCUCAAUCACAACCGCAAUACAGCGCAGCCACUCAGGAUAGAGGGUUCGGAUAUCAUCAACAACAGGGAUAUGGCCAAGGACCACCACCAAACGCAUACUACCAACAGCAACAAGCAUACCCGCCACAAGGUGGCUACUACCCACAGCAGCAACCAAUGUACGUGCAACAACAGAGAACUAACAACAACAAUGAUUGUUUGAUGGCCUGUUUGGCGGCAAUGUGUAUUUGCUGUACCUUGGACGCUAUUUUCUAA